AUUGCAGAACUACAUACAGUCGGCGCAGAAAAUAUUUUCUGACGUAAGAGCUGCUGAAACUUUGGUUUUGUGUCGGCUUCCUCCUCUGGCUGCUGCAGGACUCGGAGCUUCUCUUCAGUUUGCUAUAAACUCACCGCUGUGGGUUUCAUUUAUCUGUUCUCCAUCAUGCCCCAGCAUUGUUUCCUCAUAAUCAGCACCCUGCUCUCACUGGCCAUACACCAGCUGGUUGCCAUGGAGAGCUGCCCAGCAACAGGGAUGCCAGGAAUGCCAGGUAUUCCUGGGAUGCCUGGCAGAGACGGUCGGGACGGAGGGAAAGGAGACAAAGGAGACCCAGGAACAGUGGGGCACGUUGGCCUUGGGUUUCAGAAGGGGGACAAGGGGGACCCAGGGCUGAUAGGAUUCUCUGGUAAACGAGGCCAGAGCGGAGACCCAGGGGACCCAGGCAUUCCAGGGGUUGCCGGACCUCAUGGAGAACCAGGAGAACCAGGGACUAUUGGCGUCCAGCAGCAGGCAGCCUUCAGUGUGGCCAGAGGAACUGAACAAUACCCGGACAAAGCCAGCAUCAUUCGGUUCACCAGCGUCAUUACCAAUAUCAACAAUGACUACCAAACAGAGACAGGGCGCUUCAGGUGUCGGGUCCCAGGAACGUACUACUUUGUGUUCCACGCUUCUUUAGAGGACAAACUGUGUGUGCUGAUGAAGGUGGACCAAACACUCGUGACAUCAUUCUGUGAUCAUCGCCGUGGCAAGAGACAGACGACUGCGGGCAGCGUGGCGGUCUACCUGUCGAGGAAUCAGGAGGUUUGGCUGGAGACUAAAGACUACAGAGGGAUGACAGGAAGACCUGCUGGUUACAGCAUCUUCUCUGGCUUCCUGCUGCAUCCUCACUGAAUCACAGGACUGGAAAUACAAAACAGCCUUAUUAUAGUUUUACGGCAACACUUCAAGUCUGCAACUACUGACAAAAUAAUGUCUUCCUUUCGUUUACACUGACCAUAAAAAAAGUAUGUUGCUUUUCAUUUACACAUUUCUUUUUCCUUUAUUUUACUAGUUAAAAUCUUAUUGUGAUUAAAAUCUAUUUUCAAAAGAGAGAUCUGUCAAAUGAGGAAGAUUAAGGAUAUUUUUACAAUAUUAAUAAUAAUAAUAAACUGUCACAUGCUACAAAAAGGUAUACACACUAUCAUUUUAAGAUGAAUAAGCAGGUGUGUGUAAACUGAAAUGAAUUAAACAAUACAUUUAAAAACAAACCUAUUGACACAUUCUUUUUAUGCAUAUUGUAUGAGCAUUGUUGGGAGAACCAGAACAACUGCAAUGUGAUUGUUGUGCACAUGAUAAAUAAACAACUUGAAACGAGA